ACGCUUUAACCCAGAGAAGCCCUGCACAUGACUAUUUUCCGGAUGGAGGUUUCAGAUCUCAGAGCUCGGGCUACGAGGCUUGUAUUUCUAUGAUAGUUUGCGCGGAAAAGAUCGCAGACGGUGUGAGAUAAGUACAUGUCAAACUCGGGACUGGCUGACAAAGGCUGGGCCAGCCUGAGAUAUGAUCAACGCAGACGCCGCAGAAUCUGCCGGCGACCUUAUUACAAGCUCUUGACUUGCGUUGAUCCACUGGCAACUCCGUUUUGUCGUUUCAAGUGCCAAAUGGGUCAUACAGACCUACCUGUCAUCACAACUGGGGAUUCUGAAAAGCCCCUCAGCUUAGAGGAGUGCCCAUCUGACUAUUUUCCGGAUGGAGGCUUCAGAGCUUGGGCUACUGCGUUUGGAGGCUUUCUUGUGCAAUUUUGCACGUACGGAUAUACAAUCUCGUUCGGCGUUUAUCAAGAUUUCUAUGCUCAGACUUAUAUAACGAAUCAGUCUCCCUCAACAAUUGCCUGGAUCGGCAGCGUGAAUGCCUUUCUUUUCGAAAUUUGUGGCUUGAUAAGUGGGCAGCUUUAUGAUCGAGGAUACUGCCGUCAAUUGGUUAUAGGCGCAUCUCUCCUUCAAGUAAUUUCGCUUUUCAUGCUUUCACUCGCCAAACCUGAUCAGUACUACCAAGUAUUCCUUGCGCAGGGCAUUGGGUCAGGGUGCGCUGCCGGGUUGCUUUAUAUCCCCACCAUGGCUGUUGUUUCGCAGUAUUUUCGCAAACGACGCGAAUUAGUGAUGACCUUCGUUGCUUCAGGAGCUUGCCUAGGCGCUGUGGUGCACCCAAUCAUGUUAAACAACACCCUGAAUGGUCGCAUUGGAUUUGCGAAUGGAGUUAGAGCUAGCGCUGCACUCAUCAGCGGUUUGCUGUUCAUAGCAUGCUUCCUCAUCAAGCCGAGGUUCCCCCCAUCUAAGGCAUCAACAACAUUUCUUGCAACCGCAAAGAAAUGUGCUCAAGACCCCGCCUAUAUAUUUGGAACUGCGGGAUUAACCAUUUUUGCUAUUGGAUUCUACUAUCCCUUAUUCUACCUCCAGCUCGACUCGGCUACGCAUGGACUCAGCAAAACUUUCUCCUUUUAUUCACUUGUAAUCAUGAACACGUCAAGUUUCGUAGGACAGCUAACAAGUGGCUUGCUCGUUGAAUACUUUGGCGUCCCAGGAGUCAUGACGGUCUCAACGUUUGCCGGCACUCCUAGUGUGGUGGUAAUUGGUGUUCUUUAUGGGUAUAGCGCUGGAAUUUUUCAAGCGCUAUGGGCACCAGUUUUGACUGUCUUAUCGCCAGACCCAUCUGAUCUAGGCGCCCGCAUGGGCAUUUCCUACGCCUUCAUGGGGCUGAUAGGCCCGCCGAUAUCAGGGGCAUUGUUAACAGGUGAUUACAUCUGGUGGCGCGGCGCAGUUUUUAAUGGGAUCAUGGGUGCGAUUGGGUGCUCAUGCGGGGGGAUCAUGUUUCUCAGUAGCGAGGUCGAAUAACAAGUUAUAUCACCUCCCAGUAAGUACUAUACUGUUAACAAACAUCACAUAAUAUUAUAAUGUCGCGUUUUCUCAUCGCCAA